AUGUCUCUGGCCGCCCCUCAGUGUGUGUCUAAAUACGUGUCAGCCCCCGUGCCCCUGUGCACGCCUGAGUCUACCUCCGCUUGCGUCGGCGCCAGGGCUUCAUCGUUGUCAGUGCAACACAGUCGCGGUGGCAAACUGGGCGAGCUCUGGGUUUCCGCAAGCGUUGAAUCGUGGAUACAGUGUCGUUUUUUCGUCUGCCCCGCUGAUACCGACCCUAUCCUGUGUAUUGCCUACUCUUGCCAUCGUCCCAGAGGCCCGGGGACAAUUUUGCGGCUUGUAAUCGCGGGUCUAGCUGAACUAGUUCAGAGAGGCCCUAAUUUGGCAGCGUGCCUAGACUACGAACAACGAUUACAAUUGGGUGUUGAGGUGUCGAAAGAGCUUGGCCAAGCUAUCCUCGUAACUAUCCGGCAUGCUUACGAUGCAACAGAACUACUACUCCUCUGUGUGCGGGGAGCCCGUGGUUGGAGCGCCUCACCACCACACGCAUGUACACACACACACACCUUCACACCAACACGUACAUAUUACUUCGCCGGCGAACCAGCCGGCUGGUAUUACUGGCCUCACCAGUGUUACCCUUGCCUCGGCUUCGCUGUCAGCCUCCUCUUCGCUCUCUCCUUCCUCUCUGUCAGAAGAUCAUCAUAA